AUGAAGUAUACUCCACAGAUUCUCCUGGUGAUCUUGUUGAUUGUAGUUAAUUUAGAUUACAGUACGUCUUUAAGCUGCUACACUUGCGAAACUUGUCCAGCCAUAUUUAACGCUUCAUCUCCACAAGUAGGCAACCAAAGUGGAUGUGCAUGGUGUGUCAAGAUUGCAGUUAAAUAUCGUCGUACUACAAUAAGACAAUGUUCAGAUAGAUGCGAUUAUUACUAUUUUUGGAAAUCAUACUCCAAGUUUUCUUAUUAUUGUUGUAAUACUGACUAUUGUAAUAAAAGUAUACAGAAUAAUGCAAUUCAUCAUAUACUAAUUAUGAUUGUCAUAACUCUAGUUUGUUUCUAUAUUAGUAGAAAAUAA